UACUCUACAGUGAACGGCAACAAAUACUCGAGUCAUUUCAGUUGUUACUAUCAUGUUGCUCACUGGAGUUUCUGUUUGUUGCAGUCAUGGCAGAAUUAAAUGACUUGUAUAAGCAGUUAUGUAAGAAAUACAACAUAGAACAAUUAGAAUGUGUUCAAGAGGCUUUAGCUCAGGGUGCCAUCUUAGAUCUCUCCAACCAGACACUGGAUGUUGGCACUUGUGCUGUACUCGGCAAGAUUAUGCAGAUAUCAGGUUUAAUCACUAAGGUGAGCUUUGAAGAUUGUUUAUUGAAAGAAGAUGGCAUCAAGUCAAUUCUGCUGGGACUUUGUGGCAAUUCAUCUGUGAAGACACUGUCACUGAAGGGGAACAGCAUCCAGGGGAGCAGUGCCCAUGCUUUAGCCAAGAUGUUGAGGCAUAACAACACCAUUAUCAGGCUGUCCCUGGAGUGGAACAACUUGGGUCUGUGCUCUGGAAGCUUUUCAUCUUUUUGUGAGGCCUUUGGGAGUAAUUCUUCUCUGCAGUAUCUGGAUCUGCGAAGUAACCAGCUAGGAAUGGACUGUGGAACACAUCUGGCUCGAGCACUGACAAGAAACUGCAAUUUGUCAACCCUAGACUUAAGGUGGAACAACAUAGGAAGAGUUGGAGGAAAGGCCUUACUUGAAAGCUUAUGCCAUAAUAGGACUCUCACCAAACUGGACUUGAUAGGAAAUGACAUACCCAGUGAAGACAUUUCAGCUAUAGAAAUGCAACUAGGUCAGAAUAGCCGUUCAGCUGUGAUGAUAAAAGAAUAUACAAGUCGGACUGAUAUAUUAAAACAACAACUGGAAUACCGGGAGCAGCAUUCAGCUCAGCAAAUUGAACAUCUGGAGCAAACUUUAGCCCAAACUGACUUAACACUGAGUAAAACUAUCAGAGAAGGUAUGUUUCAAACUGGAAGACUGGAAGAACAGCUCCGAUCCAAAUCCCUGGAGUUAGAAGCCUUGGGGGCAAAAUAUGAAUUGGUUAACUCUGCACUUCGCCUGAGCCAGGAGCAAGUGUCCCAGUUAGAAGCAAGGAAUAAGGCUUUGGAGGAGGAUCUACAUGAAAGUCAAGAAGCAGCCCAAUUAGAAAAUAAAAAUAAGAAAGAGGAACUUGAGAGAGCGAGAUCAACAAGUGACCAAGAGGUGCGAUCACUACAGAAAACCAUCAACCAACUGGAGACUCAGGUUAGGGAGCUGGAGUAUAAAUGUACGAAUCAAAACACACAAAUUUAUGAUCUGAACGAGACGUUGCGCUCACUACAGUUAGAAGCAAAAGGGGUCAGAAUAGAAUGUGAAGAGAUGAUGGCCACAGAAACUAGGAAAACUAAAGAGACUCUGAAGAACCUUGAACAACAACACACUACUGAGGUACAACAAAUGAAAUAUGAUCAUCAGCAAAUAGAGGCAGAGUUGAGGGAGAAGCUUUCUAAUUCCGAGGCUUCAAGGUGUGAGGCACAAGCAGAAAUUGCUGGCUUGAAGGUACAGAUUUCAACUGAAAGGAGCUCAACUGAGGCUCAUUUACUUUCUCUCAAACACCAUUUAAAAGCUGAGCAGGUCUCAGUAGUCCAAGGGCUGGAGAAACGUCUACACACCAUGGAAGACAGCCGUAAUGAUGCGGAGGAGAGGCUGAGAGUACAAAUUGCUACUAACUCAACUCUCACUGCCACUAAUGCUAAGCUCAAUUCUCACAUUCAUGCUCUCAAAAAUGAUCUAGCUGAGAUAAAUAUUCAACUGGAGGACAAGGAUGCAGAGGUGAAGGCAGCAGCAAAGCGUGUGAGAGAUGAAUUUACAGUGCAGCUUAAUGAUCUUCAACAUGAAUGUGAAAAUACUACAAAACUCAACAGUACCAUCAGUGAACUCAAAAGAGCCAUCUCAGAACUGGAGCAUGAGUCUAGUAUCCAUAAGAAAGAAGUCAGAAUGAAAGAGGAAGAACUAAAGAUUCUGCAGGAAGAUGAAAACCGUAGAGCUAGAAUGCUUCACUCAGCUUUUUUGUCAUGCUUCAACACAUCUUUGGGUUUUCCAACUACCAACCCACAGUGAUACCAAAGAUGUAAUAUUUCUCAUCGCGAAGCAUAAAGUAUGCAGUGUGUCCAAAACCAAAUAAUGCCAUGAAUGAAUGUUCAGUUAGAGUACCUUUAAUCUACAAGACUUUACAGUACAAUUGACCACAUAAAUAACUUUACAGUACGUGCUGUAUACUGUAAUCUAGUAAAUACCCCCGUCCAUUAUUAUACAGUACAGGGGUAUUGCCUUAAAUCAUUUGUUUAUCUCAAUCUCAUCAGUGUGGUGGAGAGAUGAUUAUGUAGAUAAGGGAGUGUUGUUAGUGAUAAUAAAGGGUUAUACUCCUCUCUCCCCCCCUCCCCACACAAAAAAAAUGGAGGAGAAGAAUGUCCACAUAUGUUUUUGUUAGAUACAGGUUACAUAUUUUAUUGAUUUGAUCAGUUGCCUGUUAUCAGAUCUGCUGUUUGUCUGCCAUCUAUAAAUAACUAGUUUUGUUGUAAGGUAAUUAAAUACAGUAAUGUAAGGUAAUUAAAUACAGUGGUCCCUCGGUUAACGAGCACAAUCCGUUCCAGCAGGUUGCUCGUUAACCGAAAAUCUCGUUAACCG